UCGUCUAACGAACACCCCUGUUACUCUAGCGUCUUCCCUCGUCACAGUCAUCUCUCUUCGAUAAAUACAACCUCUCUCUCUCUCAUCAAUACUUUCCUCAUUUUCAGAGCAUCUCGAGCCUUCGCUUCGGUGAAAAUGGGAAUAUACUCUAAGACGGUUGCUGUGUCACUCAUUGUCUCGUUCCUGCUGUUUCUCUCUGCCUCUGCUGAGCGCAAUGAUGGGACCUUCAGAGUUGGGUUGAAGAAACUUAAGUUGGAUCCCAAAAGCCGUAUUGCAGCGCGUGUGGGUUCUAAGCAGUUAAAGCCCUUGAGGGGUUACGGUCUUGGGGAUUCUGGAGAUGCUGAUAUUGUCACGCUGAAGAAUUAUCUUGAUGCUCAGUACUAUGGCGAGAUCGCUAUUGGUACUCCACCGCAGAAGUUUACUGUGGUUUUUGACACUGGGAGCUCUAACCUCUGGGUGCCAUCAUCGAAAUGCUAUUUCUCGAUUGCAUGUCUCUUCCAUUCCAAAUACAAGUCCUCGCGUUCAAGCACAUAUGAGAAGAAUGGAAAAUCCGCCGCAAUUCACUACGGAACUGGGGCAAUUGCUGGGUUCUUUAGUAAUGAUGCCGUCACGGUUGGUGAUUUAGUUGUCAAGGAUCAGGAGUUUAUUGAGGCAACCAAGGAGCCUGGUAUAACAUUUGUUCUAGCUAAAUUUGAUGGUAUCCUUGGUCUUGGAUUCCAAGAGAUCUCAGUUGGAAAUGCCGCUCCUGUUUGGUACAACAUGCUCAAGCAAGGCCUCAUCAAGGAGCCGGUGUUUUCAUUUUGGCUUAACCGUAACGCUGAGGAUGAAGAAGGUGGUGAACUUGUAUUUGGAGGUGUUGAUCCAAAUCAUUUCAAGGGAGAACAUACUUAUGUCCCUGUGACACAAAAGGGUUACUGGCAGUUUGACAUGGGUGAUGUUCUCAUUGGCGGCGCACCCACUGGUAUGUAUAAUAUAUAUAUAGCUGGUCCUAACCAAUUAAAAAGGUUUUACUAUUAUAUUUUGCUGACACCGACUGGAUCUAAAGUUUUGAGUCAUUGUUAUACAGGAUAUUGCGAAAGUGGCUGUUCUGCGAUAGCAGAUUCUGGAACAUCUUUGCUUGCGGGUCCAACAACUGUUAUCACAAUGAUAAACCAUGCUAUUGGAGCAGCUGGAGUUGUUAGCCAGCAGUGCAAGAUUGUUGUGGAUCAGUACGGACAGACCAUUUUGGAUCUACUUUUGUCUGAGACCCAGCCGAAGAAAAUCUGCUCGCAGAUUGGUCUGUGCACUUUCGAUGGUAAACGUGGUGUCAGUAUGGGCAUUGAGUCAGUGGUGGACAAGGAAAACGCCAAAUCGUCCAGUGGUGUUGGAGAUGCCGCGUGUUCUGCAUGUGAGAUGGCAGUUGUUUGGAUACAGAGCCAGUUGAGGCAGAACAUGACUCAGGAACGCAUAUUGGACUACAUCAACGAUCUAUGCGAGCGUCUUCCCAGCCCAAUGGGAGAGUCCGCAGUGGACUGUGCACAACUCUCGACCAUGCCCACUGUUUCGCUCACCAUUGGAGGCAAAGUCUUUGAUCUUGCUCCUGAGGAGUAUGUUCUGAAGGUUGGUGAGGGCCCUGCGGCACAGUGUAUCAGUGGCUUUAUUGCACUCGACGUUGCUCCACCUCGUGGACCUCUCUGGAUCCUUGGAGAUGUGUUCAUGGGCAAAUACCACACCGUGUUUGACUUUGGAAAAGAGCAGGUCGGGUUUGCAGAGGCAGUGUAAAACACGAGUAUGGUUUUAGUUUGGUUUAUGUGAACAAUCGGUCUCUCCAAGUGUUGGUAUGUUAUGUUAAAAAAAGACGACGGAAGUAUUAGUAGUAAUGGUGGCCUUUGUAGUUUUCAAGACAAUGGCUUUGUAUAUACCUUUCGGCUUUCGCUAAGUAAGUUCGACGUUGAAAAACUUCAAAAAAUAAAAGUUGCUCUGCCUUUGUGGUUA